CUGGGUUUGAGUUGCAAUUGUUGAAUUGGUCUCUUCGCGUGAUGUUGACAUUCAUAGUGUUCGUUUUUCUCAUGGUGAUACCCAAAGCACUGUUUCAAGUACCGAUGUCGUAUGAGGCAAACUUUGUGUCCGUCGCAGGGGCACCGAACUCACUACCAUUCGAUAUGACCCAGCUUCGACUGAUUGGCCGAGAGCGUAUAUUGAAUGGAACGUUUAAAAUACUUGAGGAUUUGACGAUGAACACUAUAAAUUUGCUGUAGAUAUAUAUACAAAUUCCGCUCGUGACGGCAAUUUCAAGCUGAUGCCCUUAGCCAUGCCAAGUCAAGGAGUUUGCACAAUGUU